CUUCCGUUUCCUCGUUUCAGCGCGCCAGGAGGAAAAAUUCGUCCCGUCUCGUCUCUUCUCCCCUGAGUCCGAUCCGGAAUCCCGACCGAGUUCUAGAGAAACCCCUCCUCCGAUUCGGCUGUUUCGAGAGAUGGCGGAGCCCAACCCCCAAGUGGAGCGGGAGGUGGUGGUGGAUGAGCAGGAGGCGAAGAGGGCCCCGAAGCUGAGGUACCUGGAUUUCGUCCAGGUGGCGGCGGCGCAGGCCGCGGUGUGCCUCGUGGGGAUCUACGGACUCGCCAAGGACCACGCCGGCCCGCUCCGCCCGGGCGUCGAUGCCGUCGAGUCAGCGGUGAAGGGCGUCGCCGGUCCCGUGUACGACCGCUUCCACGGCGUCCCCCUCGACGUCCUCGCCUUCGUCGACCGCAAGGUGGACGACACGGUGCACGAGCUGCACAAGCACCUCCCGGGGGCGCUGAAGGCGGCCACAGCGCAGGCUUGCGCGGUUGCCCGUGGCGUGCCGGAGGUGGCGCGGGAGCUGACCGCCGAGGUGCAGCAGUCCGGCGUGAAGGGAGCCGCUCGCGCGGCGUACGCCAAGGUCGAGCCCGUGGCGAAGGACGUGUACGGGCGGGUGGAGCCGGUGGCCAGGGACCUGUACGUCCGCUACGAGCCGGCGGCCGAGCACCUCGCCGUCUCCACCUGGCGCUCACUCAACAGCCUGCCGGUCUUCCCGCACGUCGCACAGAUCGUCGUGCCCACCGCGGCGUGCUGGGCCGAGAAGUACAACAAGGUGAUCGGCGCCGCGGCCGAGCAGGGGUACACCGGAGCCAAGUAUCUCCCGGCCAUCCCCACCGAGCGCAUCGCUAAGGUGUUCGCGUCGUCGCCGGAGGCCGAGCCUCUGAAAGGCGCGGCCAAGUCCCAGUAACGUCAUCAUCACGUGGUGCCUUGCCCUGAUGAUGGGUGAACACUGCAUUGCCCUCGAACUGAACUCAAUAAGAAUGCGAGAAUCAGAGGGCUAAAGAUGGUGCAAGUGUUGUAUUAGCGAUGAUGACGAUGGGACGUUGUCAUGGACCAUGAUGAUGAUGCUCUACUUUGUGUGGUGCUCUGCUUCUUGCUUUUGUAUAAAGUUGCUGGAUGUCACAAUCCCUGGUUAAUCCAAUGCAAUUAGGUUAUGUA